AUGGCGGCAGCGGCUGUGGUGGCAGGUCGGGUGCGGCCCAGCACGGACGUGGGGUCAGUGGCUCAGCCCAGUACGGACGUGGGGUCAGUCCGGCUCCCUGCUCAGCCCACCACAGACGAGGGGUCAGUGGUUCAGCCCAGCACGGACGAGGGGUCAGUCCAGCUCCCCGCUCGGCCCAGCACGGAUGAGGGGUCAGUGGCUCGGCCCAGCACGCACAUGGGGUCAGUCCGGCUCUCCGCUCUCGGGUGGUCACCGCGGCUGCCGUUGUUACUGUUGCUGCUCGUGGUGGCGGCGGCGGCCGAGCAGCAGGUGCCACUGGUGCUGUGGUCGAAGGACCGGGCCUUGUGGGGGCCCGCGGCCGACACCCACGAGGGCCACGUCACCAGCGCUGUGCAGCUGUGGGCUUACCUAGAGCCCGCGCUGGAGCGGGGCCCCCGGCAUGUGCUGCUGUUCGUGCAGGACGAGCUGAGCGUGGAGGAUUUUACAGCCCAUGGCGCGGUGUUUGGAAACAAGAAGGACAGCGCCUUUUCUAACCUGGAGACAGCCCUGGGCCAGGCCUCCUCCUCACUGGUGCUUCCUGCUGUGGCCUGCUCUGCAAUCCGCACUCUGGCCACUUACCUACAGGAGAAGCUUAGGACCAGAGCUCUGCACGUGGACGCGGCCACCCUGCGGGAGCUGAAGCUCAAUGCCAGCCUUCCCACCGUGCUGCUCAUCCGGCUGCCCUACGCUGCCAAUUCUGGUCUGGUGACACCCAGGGAAGUCCUCCGAGGCAAUGAUGAGAUCAUCGGGCAGGUGCUGGACGCACUCAAGUCUAAGGAGGUGCCCUAUACGGCAGCCUUCACAGCGCUCCGCCCUUCCAGGGUGGCCCGUGAUGUAGCCAUGGUGGCUGGGGGUCGGAGACGCCAGCCUCGACCGAAGAAGCCAGCCUCACCCGUGAUCCAUCCCCCUGUAAGUUACAUGGACACUGCUAUCCGAAUCCUCUUCUGGGCCCAGAACUUCUCUGUGGCCUACAAGGACCAAUGGGAAGACCUGACACCCCUCACCUUUGGGGUACAGGAGCUCAACCUGACAGACUCUUUCUGGAAUGACUCCAUGGCUAGGCUGUCCUUGACCUAUGAACAACUCUUCGGUACGAUGGUGACAUUUAAGUUUAUUCUGACUAAUCGCUUCUAUCCGGUGUCUGCCCGGUACUGGUUUACCUUGGAGUGCCUGGAGAUCCACAGCAAUGGCUCAGUCGUUUACUUCAACGCUUCCCAGGUCACAGGGCCCAGCGUCUACUCCUUCCACUGCGGGUAUGUCAGCAGUCUGAGCCGCCAUGGCCAUCUCCUGGUGGCCCGCACGCAGCCCUCACUGUGGCACGUGACUUUUCAGGACUUCCAGAUUCAGGCUUUCAACGUGACAGGUGAGCAGUUCUCCUACGCCAGUGACUGCGCUGGCUUUUUCUCUCCAGGCAUCUGGAUGGGGCUGGUCACCUCCCUUUUCAUGCUGUUCAUCUUCACCUCUGGCCUGCACAUGCUCCUCAGCCUCAAGACCAUGGACCGCUUUGAUGACCACAAAGGCCCUGCCAUCUCUUUGACCCAGAUCGUGUGAUAUGGUGUCAGUGGGGAUUGUGGUUGUGACGGUGUGCAAGUUGUUAGCUUUCCCACCUUGCGGCAUACGGGACCCCAAGGGCCACCCUCCUGUGGCCGUGGCAUGAGCCUCCAGGUCUCCUCAGGUUGACUCCUUUAAUCUGAUAGGCUUUCCUGAGCAGCUGAGGGGCUUCCCGAAGGCUGCCCCUCAUCUCUACCCACAAGUGUAGCUAUUUUUGCGUAGAUUUUAAGACCCAGGUUCAACCAUAGUGAAAGGUAGAGAUCAUUAGACCUUUUCCCUUUUUUGUUCUUGGUUAUCUACCAAUGAUCUUCACUGUUUAUUGCACUUUGGUGUAGCAGUUUCUCAUUCCCCAUGCUUCCUUGGACUCCCUGCAGCAACCACAGGUUUCAGGUUCCCUGAGUUUUCUGGAACAUGGAAGUAACAGCUGACACUUGACUGUCGUUAUUGUAUCUUGGUGAUGUUGUGCUAACAAUAAGCAGUGACUUGAACAGGUUGAAGCCUCCAUGAGAGGUGGGCUGGGUAUGAUGGCUGAGAGUCUGGAAUAUUCCUAUUCAUAUGACUCCUAUGGCCUGCAUAUGAUUCGUGCUUCAUGGGAGUCAGGUGCACUCUGUUGUUUCUUUCCUAGUAAAAUAAAAGAUGGAUCACCAAAAAGGAGAGAAAAACUGCCAGCUGCAUAUACGCACAAGACUUUCUGUGCUACGGUCUGGGGUCAGAGCCCAUGACAUCUGGGCACCUGGGAUGGGGCAAGGGCCUCACUGGGAAAGU